ACUAUAAUAAACCGCUUCCAAUCGUUGAUUAGCGAGUAGAGUCUAAGGCCCUAUUUCAACACCGCGACCCACGGUGCCUCGGUUACACAACGCCGGUUCACGAGGUCCACACGUUUCUUAUUUAUCGGAUGUUACGUGUAUCGAGGAAUUGAGGCAUUAUAUGCACAAUGUUUAGGUGAUAAUUUACUUGAAAGUUCUUUUACUUACUCAAACAUACCAUCUGUAUGUUUUUGUAUGAUCGUUAUACUUUUGAUUCGAUGGAUACCAUUGUAUUAGAUCUGUCAGUUAGUUAAUAUUGACUACGUAAUUUAGCUUUUGCGGAAUAACAAAAAACAUCUUAGGUAAAGCGAAAUAAAGAUAAUUGAGACUCAUGAUGUCACUAGCCGACAAAACGGUACUUAGAGACAACUAUAUUGUAUGUUGUAAUUUUUAUAAUAAAUCAAUCUAGCUAUACAACUCACUGUCUAGCAAUCAAACCUCUUUCUAUAUGCUGUAAAUUUACGAUUAAACUAAUAAAACCAUUCCUCAAUUUCAGCCGAAACAACAAAAACCAGAAAACCCGAACGAUUCUGACGAUGAGUCCAGUGAGCAUGACCCUUCAGAGAAGGCGCCCCUCAUGGGCAGCACCACCAGCCUGACCCUCACCAAGAAGCCGGAGAUCAUCUCCAACAUCCCUAAAGUCACAUUUGAAGAGAAGACCAGGUCCGAACAAGCUCUCCAUGAUAAAGAAAAGGAGGCUGAGAAAGAGGAUAGAGUUAUUGGUGCACAGCCAGUUAAAAGACGCAGCUCUCAAGACUCGCCAGUAGUCCUUUCAGUAUUAGAUGACGUGAAACGGAUAAAAGUUAACAACAGUAAGAAGGACCCACAAACCAAUGGAGCGGUCUUGCAACAGCCAACAAGUCUAUACCCACAUCUCUCUGAUAUUGAAACCGACACGUCACACACACAAGAAGAGUAUUCAGACUGUGGUGGAUCAAGCUCUGAAGAUGUACAAGAAUCGGUCAAUGAUAAAAUGAACAAAUCUGACAAUUGGGCCGAAACAUCUUUUGGACGUGAAGUUAUGAAUGUGGUAAAGAAAAAUAACACGAGUUACAAGAAGGCGGUCCGAGAGAGCGACUCGGACAGCAGCGGUCUCGACAGUGAGCUGGACGAUAUACUGGACGAGGCCAUCAACGAACAGGUCGAAGGACCCUCUCCGCCUAAAGUUAACAAGCAAUCGGUGGAGUCCUCAACAAGUUUCGUGUAUCAGGAGCGCUCGGCCUUCAAGUCGCCGCUGAAGGUGCAGGUGACGCCCGCCGGCAAGCACGACCGCGGCGCGGAGCUCGUCCACAGCGUCAGCUUCUACAGGCGCAUGCAGAACGCGUCGUCAACCCCCUCGACGCCGCUGCGCGUGGUCCGCCACGCCAGCCCGGAGCGCUCGCCGCCGCCCACGCCGGACGAGCCCGCCGCCAGCGUCACCACCGUGCGCGAGAGGAUCAAGGAGCUGCAGAACGAGAUCGCCAAGCAGCAGACUAUCAUCUCACAGGCUAGCCAAGCUUUGAACCUGUGUGCUGCCACAAUCGAGUUCAGCGGCUCCACUGAACAAGCAGAGGGAGAGAGAUUAUUGUUACUUGCAACGCACCGGCGCCAGGCCUGCCUGCACGAGCUGCAGCGGCUGCAGGUGGAGGGCGCGGGCCCGGCCGCCACCGCCGGCAUGGCCACGCUGCAUCUCACGGCGCUCAGCGUGCCGCUCAAGCGGGACUACAUACGGCAACUCAACGCUGACGGCGCAGUGGGCCACCACGCCGUGUGCCUGAUCAAGUGUCGCGACCGCGUGUUGGCGACCAGCAUGCAGCAGACACAGCCCACCGCCACAGUGCUGCAGUUCCCCGACGAUAUACGAAUGCUGGGCCUCGCUAGCGACUUCAAAGUUACCGUAGAAGUGUACCUUCUCCAAGCUUCCAAAGAAGUACUAUCACACGAAGUUAAAUACCACAUAACUAGUAAAAAGUCGAGCUCCAAGCUGCUGACCCCUAAGUCCAAGGUGUCGGAGCUGAAGGCCCCGCGCGUGCAGUCCCCGGCGGGCCCGCUGGCGGUGCGGACCCCGCAGUUCUCGCUGCACGGAUACUGCAUAUUCGCACUGCAGCAGGCCACCAGGAAGAGCUUCACACUCAAUAAGGUCCCGUGCGGCAGUCCGCUGGAGGGCAGCGUGAGCGUGAACAUCUCGGCGCGGGUGCAGGUGUCGGCCCCCGCGCCGCACGCCGCCUUCCUCACGGCCUUCGACGACGUCAGCGGGCUCGGCGCCUGGCACCGGCGCUGGUUCCGCCUGCAGCCGCCCACGCUCGCCUACUGGAAGUACCCCGACGAUGUGCAGAGGAAGAUGCCAAUCGGCGACAUCGACCUAUCAUCAGUGAUAUCGGAGCGCGCUAGCAAGGCCCCGCGCGACCUGUGCGCGCGGCCCAACACCAUCCUGCUGGAGAGCAUGGUCCCGGCCGGGCUCGUCGUGCCCGACGGCGGCUCGCUCGUGUACGUGCGCGGCGCCAACGGGAGCCUCGUGCGCAGGCAUCUGCUGGCCGCCGACACGCCGCGCGACCGGGACCUGUGGAUAGACACGCUCAAUAAGGCGCUCGAGUAUGUCCGCUGCUGCGGGACUGAUGAGGAUUAGGCGAAAUGGUGUGAAUAGGAAUGUAGUGUUUUAAGUUGCGUUUAACAGGGCUAGAUAAUGUGUUCAAGGAUUAAAAAAGCGGUUUGCGCAUACUUUGCUUGCUACACACGAGAAUCACGCUUUUUGCAAUUAUUUUCUAUUCACUCCAUUUUAUGACUUUUGUGUGUGUCUAAAUGUUGUCCUUGCGCUGUACGAAAUGUAAAUUUACUGCUAAAGUCAAAGUUGUAAUAUUUUAUUCGUUAUUUCAAAUACUAGCUUGUGAGCAACUUCUCGUCUUUAUCGAGGAAUAACAAUUUCGAUAUGACCAAAGAAAUAAAAAGUUGCCUUUGUAACACUAAAAAACCUCUUCAGUUCUACUGCUAAUGUAGAAAUUGCAAGAAUAAAAUAAUAUUUUUAGCGAUGAUAAUAUAAAAGAUUUAUUAUGUAAAUUGUGAUUCACAAUCAACUCAUUUCGUACAGGGCAAAGAUAACACCAAACCACGCCACGAAACUUGAUAAACAGCUGAUAUUGACAAACUUGUGAUAUUUAAGUAAUCUUGUAAAAGACAGAUCGCUGUGAGAUGUGAUUGUAAUCGAAUACGACAAGGUUAGUACGUGGGCACUCGAAUUGGAUGUGAAUUUCUCUCAGUAUAAGGUACACUGGAACAAAACAUUUCCAAAGAUUCUUACCCACUAUAACAAAUCUUAUUAAAUCUGUUAACUAUAUUGAUAUUAAAUCUCUUGCAGACACAGAAAUAUAUACCCAUAGUGAGCGCGUGCGUGAUUGUUACCUCCUAAAACAUGUAAACGCCCAGUCCAUGGAUUUCCCGAUUAAAAUGUCUAUAAAGUGCACGCUAGACUGCCCUUUUUUCAUCUCCUGUCCUAUCUCUCACAUAUCGCAAGAGAUGACUUACACGCGUGCGUUCCUAUAAUCACAAGCUUUUAGCUGGAAACUACAAAAUUAUGACGACACUCAUCACAUCCAAUUCAAGUACCUACGUCUUGACUCCGCCUUCAUUCCAACAGUAUUGUAUUGGCAGGACCAAUAUAAAUAAGUGACUUUUAUGGGAUCACGUUUUAUGUUUUACGUAUAAGCGUAAAAUGGGGUUACUUGCUAACCACUGGGUUCUAAAACAAUUAUUUAAAAGUAUUUUUUCCUGAACAUGCUAAGUGCAUAAUUGGAAUUCGACUUCCUUGACUACAUUCUAGUUUAGCCUUUUGGUUAACAGAAUAGCCUCAUUUUAUUGCACACAGUGUGUAGUUUUAGCUUUGACGAGACGAAAGUUUGAACUAAAAGAUUCUUGAACAUUCUUAAGAGCGAUAGUAUGAAUAGUUGCUCUUUUAGCAUAAAAUUGACUAUAAACUCGAAUUUUGAUAAUUCUUUACAAACAUAUUCAUGACAUUAGUUCAUAAUUUGUAACAUAGCUAUAAACUUAGGUUUUCUUAACGUGUAUAGAUUUUAGUCUGACUGAAACUUAGCUUUAAUUUGGCAAUCAUUGAAGGACCAAUAGUUACUCGACGGUAAAUAACUGGAAUUACUUGACUGGUGUGAGUUGUGAUUUAUAUCUAACUAUUGACUAACUCCCACUGCUUUUAAAGUCUAGGAACCUGCUGACUAUUGAAACAAGUCUAUUUUAGUUGUGGAUGGAACACUAAACAUUAUUCAGUAGUUUCUCGCCUCCAUAAUUUCUAGUAAUACCUUUAACAGGCGGUGGUAGGCCUCCAGACAAAAUAAGUACAUUAAUGAAAUUAAAUUGUUGUAUCCGCAAAAUUGAUAAAAUGCAUGCAUUGUAUAAUAAUGCAAUAAAAUAUAUCUUAUGUUAUUCUUAGAACACGUGUAACACAUUAAUUUUAGAUACAUAUUUAGUUCUCAAUAAAAUAUUUUUCAUAUGAAUGCCAUAAAUUGCUUUAAAAUUAUUUAAUGGAAGGAUUUUACAAACCUGUUUAGAUAUUAUUCAUGAGAUACAUUAACCAUAUUUUAGACUAAGUUUCUUUUGCAAUUUGUCUUGAUAUUUUUCUAGUUACUUUAGACAUCACUAAAUAAUUGUAGUCUUUAGUUUAAUGGUUCAGCACUAACAAAAACUGAAAAUUGUGUGUGUAAAACAAAUAUCAAAGACACCCCAUGAAAGACAAUAUGAUCAAAACAGAUUUUAACUGUUUUAUAAAGGAUUUCACUGGUUUUGUGAGUUGCUAUUUGAAAUAUUUUUUUAUUCAAUAAUAAUACACGUACCUACUAUAAAAUUAUUAAUUCAAUUAUCUUUACCGUCUUUGUCAAUAUUUUAUAGGAAUAUUAACACCUUUAGAAUUUAUACGCCAAUGUUUGGAAUUGAUUGAAUUUUGCAAUAAUUGUGUGUGUAGUUUGUAAUUAUAUUUUAUGUGUAAAUAAAAUCAAUUUAUUACAAUAAUAUAAAUAUUUUAAG